AAUUAAAUUAUUCACACCAUUAAUCACACGUUCAAUUUUCCACGUAACACACGCGCCUCCUUCUCUGCAUCAACAACAUCAACACGCAGACCUUGAAAUUUCAUCUCCGACCACCGUCGUCAUCGCCGUCGACUUCGAUCUAUCUUGUUUCCGAUCUGUUCAGUCACGCCGUCGCCGUUCUUGUUCUCCGCGGCACGAUUCACAACAUCUUAACAGAUUCAAACCUUUUUGUUUGAAGUAGGUAAAAAAAUGAAGAUUGUUUCAGGUGCAGUUAGGUCAUUCAAAGACAAUUUGUCACAUCACAACCAUUUUCUCAGAAACCUUUCUACUUGGCCAUUUCCAGGAAAUGGAACUGCUAAUCCGGAGGAAUUUGAGCAGAGGAUAUUCAGUCCUAUGGGAAAUUCAAAGACUGAUGCCAUUUUAGAUAAGCUCAAUCAACAACGGGCAAGGACUCGAGAUAGAUCUGCUGGAAAUACCCAGCUGUUGGAUGAUCUCGAACGAAGUUUUGACACAUUAUCUGAUGGAAUGGAUGGGAAACUCAAUAAUGCUGCCAGAUACUUUGAAAUUGAUCCUAAUGAAAUCGAUAAAGAAGAUUAUUCUUAUCGAUAUGAUACCACUUUUCAAAAGGGAUCAAAAUAUGAUACAAAGGAUCUUGAUCUUAAAAAACCUGCUGCACAAAAAUACUCCAAAAGGGAUGAGUUCAUAGUAUCCACUAAAGAAGUUCUUAGUCAAGCAGAUUUCAGGAAUGUAAGAUUUUUGGCAAACUUCAUAACAGAAGCUGGAAUUCUUAUCAAGAGAAGCAAGACUGGCAUCAGUGCAAAGGCUCAAAGGAAGGUUGCAAGGGAGAUUAAAACUGCACGAGCAUUUGGCUUAAUGCCCUUUACGACAAUGGGUACUAAGAAAUUUGAUUAUGGGAGAACUAUGGAGAAUCUUGAUGAUGACUUCUCGUACAGGAGUGAAAGGAGAAACAUGCCUAGUGAACCUGAUUUGGAAGAAGACAUCGCUUAAGGCAACCUUAUUAAUGUUUAUGCCGCGGUGUUGAAUUAGCUUGCAUAAUUUUUUAUUUUUUAUUUGGUUUCUCUACCUAGAUUAAGAGACAGUUGAAAUUUAUUGAAUAAGUGAUUUUGCUGGUAUACCUUGAUUGCUAUGGUGCCUAUGUUGUAGUACUUUUAUUUAUAUAGACCACAGACUUUGGUUGGUGCAAAUCUAGCCACUUUAAACAAAGAUGUUCACUUAUUGAAGCCA